AACACGCUAUCCCCACUAAUUUCCUUGAACUUUCCUCAAAAAGACUUUUUCCUCUCUCUAUAUAUAAUUCCAUUUUCACCAUCUUUCCCAUUUGUUAAGUCUCUCUUCUCUUAAACACAACACACCCAAAAACCACCAAAGUGACAUAAACUCUUUACCUUUACCUUUACCUUCACUUUAAAGCUUUUUCUGAUACAAACCAUUUUCUUCUCUGAGGCAUUUCAUCGAACACAUGGAGAACAACAACAAUCAACAAUCGUUCUGGCAAUUCAGCGAUGAGCUUCGUGUUCACACCUCAAACAACAACUUAGCUAAUCUCUCCCUCAACGAUUCAAUCUGGAGCGUCAACUCUUACCCCACUAAGAAAACAGAGGAUCGCCGGAAUUUCGACAUCCGUGUCGGUGGAAACCUCGACCCCAAUCCCAUUCCCAAGGGUAAUUUCGUCAAUUCCACCCCUCCUCCUUCGUCAAACUCGGAUUUCAACUCGUUCAACGAUGGGUGGAAGCUGGGGUCGGGUUUCGGGUCGGGCAUCAAUCUCAACGGCGGGUUCAACAAAGGAAUAUACUCAAAGGGAGUUGGUGUUAAUCAGAAUGAUCAAGUAUUGAGGAGUUUUAAUGCUAAUGUUAAUAAUAAUAUUAAUAACAACAAUAAUAUUAUUAACAAUAACAUUUAUAACAAUAAUGUUGGAUUGAAGGGGCACAAGAAUGUGUCUUUGAAAGGGGAUGAUAUGUUUAGUCAACAUCUCAUUGGAGGAAAAAGUGGGAAGAAGAACAAAGAUGUAAAAAAGGAGAAUAAUAAUAAUAAUAACAACAACAAUAAUAAUGGUGAGAGUAAAAGUGGGGUUGAUAAGAGGUUUAAGACUUUACCACCUUCUGAAGCACUCCCUAGAGAUGAGACUGUUGGUGGUUAUAUCUUUGUGUGCAACAAUGAUACCAUGGAGGAAAAUCUCAAAAGACAACUUUUUGGUUUACCGCCACGUUACCGCGAUUCAGUGAGACAGAUAACACCAGGAUUACCUCUUUUUCUGUAUAACUACUCCACCCACCAGCUUCACGGUAUAUAUGAGGCUGCCAGUUUUGGAGGAACUAACAUUGAUCCUACAGCUUGGGAGGACAAAAAGAACCCCGGCGAAUCUCGCUUUCCUGCUCAGGUUAAAGUCCAAUCUAGAAAACUCUGCGAACCUCUAGACGAAGAUGCUUUCAGGCCAAUCCUUCAUCAUUACGACGGUCCCAAAUUCCGCCUUGAGUUAAGCGUGCCAGAGGCUCUUUCACUUCUGGACAUUUUUGCUGAGAAGUAAGAACCGUACUUGAGAAUACACAAACCCUUGUUAAAGGAGCAGUCCUAUAUAUAUAUACAUCAGACAUCAAACACUUCUACAAGAUAAUAGUGAAUGAGCUAAGCUAAGUAGACAGAUAGUUAUACGGUGUGGUGGGUUUGUUUAAGACAGGAGAAAGAAACACAUACUAUCAGGGAUUAAAAAAAAGAAGUUUGUUUAUAUAUAGUGUAAUACAUGGUUAACGACAAUGUGACAUACAUUUUGUAAAGUUGGGCAUAGAGAUGUCACCUGGUUACUUACUUUGCCUGUAUGUCGUCUUAUUUAUGAAAAAAAUAAGUACGAUCUGCGAAUAAUGAUUUUUCAGGUAAGCCUAGCUACCACAAAGUUAGUGGUACUAGACUACUUGUGCCGUUGUUGUACAAAUCUAUCUAUAGUGGGAAUUUUAUGGUUUGUGCUAUUUAAUCUAUA